AUGAUGAUGGCACCAAGUAUCAAUCCUCUCUACAUUGAUGGAGAGAGAACAACGGGAAAUGAAGUUAGAGUGGAGAAUGUGCAAGCAUGUCAAACCAUUCAAAACAUCAUGAAGACAUCCUUCGGUCCUCAAGGACUUGAUAAGAUGCUUGUCGAUGAAGUCGGUGAUGUUACCGUAACGAACGACGGAGCCACUAUUCUCAAUCUCAUUGAAGUCAACCAUCCAGCAGCAAAGACUCUUGUGGAACUUGCUCGUACCCAAGAUGAAGCUGUUGGUGAUGGUACCACAUCUGUAGUAUUGUUAGCAGCUGAAUUGCUGAAACAAGGUCAAGAAUUAAUCAAGGAAAAGAUUCAUCCAACUAACAUCAUUUCCGGAUACAAAUUAGCUGCUAAAAAGGCUACUGAAUAUAUUAAGAAUGAAUUACAAAUUUCUACACAGACACUCGAUCGUGAAUCAUUGAUUAAUGUUGCCAAGACAUCUAUGGCUUCAAAGGUUUUGGGUCCAGAAUCUGACUUGUUUGCCAAAUUAUGUGUCGAUGCAUUGUUGGCAGUAAAAGUUGUUACAGGUACAGGAAAAGAGAGAUAUCCAAUCAAGGCUAUUAACAUUCUUAAACAACACGGAAAGUCAAUGAAAGAAAGUACUUUGGUUAAUGGUUUUGCCUUGAACAACACUCGUUCUUCACAACAAAUGCCAAAAGUCAUCAAGGGUGCCAAAAUUGCUCUUUUGGAUAUUGCUCUCAACAGACAAAGAAUGAAGUUGGGAAUUAAAUUCCAAAUUACAGAUCCAAAGGAAUUAGAAGGCGUUCAAGAACGUGAACAAACCUUAAUUCGUGAUCGUAUUCAAAUGCUUUUGAAUGCAGGUGCAAAUGUCAUUUUAACAACAAAGGGUAUUGAUGACAUGUGUUUGAAAUACUUUGUGGAAGCUAAUGCCAUUGCUGUCAGAAGAUGUGAUAAGGAUGAUUUGAAACGUAUUGCUAAAUUGACAGGAGGUAAUUUGGUUACCUCAUUUGCUGAUUUGGAAGGUGAAGAGUCAUUCUCUCCUGAAAAUUUGGGCUAUGCAGAGGAAGUUGCUGAAGAGGAACUUGCAGGAGAUUCUUUAAUUUAUAUCCGUGGAACAAAACUUACAUCAUCUCAAUCCAUUGUGUUACGUGGUGCUAACAGUUUCUUGUUGGAUGAAAUGAGUCGUACUAUUCAUGACGCUAUGUGUGCAUUGAAACGAGUUUUGGAAUCAAAGAAUGUUGUUCCAGGUGGUGGUUCUGUUGAAACAGCUCUCUCUGUAUAUUUGGAUCGAUUUGCAAUGACCAUUGAAACUAGAGAACAAUUGGCUAUUGCUGCUUUUGCCAAUUCUCUCUUAGUGAUUCCAAAGACUCUUGCUGUUAAUGCUGCUCUUGAUGCAACUGAAUUGGUUGCUAAAUUGCGAGCCUAUCACAACGAUGUUCAUGAAUUGAAGAAGAAGGAAUAUUUGAGAUAUGGUUUGGAUCUUAUGGCUGACAAUGUGAGAGACAAUUUGGAAGCAGGAGUUUUGGAACCAGCCAUGUUAAAGGUUAAAUACAUUCAAUUUGCUACCGAGGCUGCUAUUACCAUCCUCCGUAUCGAUGACAUGAUUCGUAUUAAUGAACAUGAACAAGAGGAUCCAAGAAAGAAGAGAAGGUGUCCAUGGAUGGCAGUGUGUACCACUCUCGUCAUCCUCGUACUACUGAACCUGAAUACUCUCGUGGUAUCAUCAUCCGAAGGAGGAGUUUGUAACUUUGUGGCCAACACUCCUGUUCCAUUCGAUCAAAUCAAAAAUUGUGCUCUCAACAUUUCUCUCGAUUCCUCCGUCUUUUCUCAAACUCUGUCCAGCAUUCGAAAAACCAUUCCCAUGUACGUCUUUUUAGAAUAUGUCAAAGAUGCUUUGGAUCCUCAUUUCAACAUUCAAGUCGAUUUGUUGGCAGAAUUGGAAAAAAUUUCACAACAACACUAUGAGAGAGAUUUCGAUUUUCAUCAAGAUCUUGUCACUCUUUUCAGAAAGUUGAAUGAUGGUCAUACUUUAUAUUUUGGACCACAAUGUUAUGGAAACUUAAUUUAUCGACAACCUUUCACCAUUAUUUCCUAUGUUGAAAAUGGUAUUCAAAAAAUUGGAAUUGCUUCUCUCAAUAACGCUUCUGGAAUUGUGAAUUAUUAUCAACAACUUGGUUUUGAUUUGAAUUCAUAUGUUGGAAGUGAAAUUAAGGAAAUUGAUGGUGAACUUGCAUUGAAUUAUAUGAUCAAUUGGGCAAAUCAAUAUUCUGGUGGAUACAAAGAUCCUGGAGCUCGAUUCAAUGUUGCAAUUAGUAACUUGUUUAUGACUCGUUCAUUGAAUCGAUCACCCAUUCCAUCCAAGCCAACUGUCACUUAUGUUCUGUCACGUGAUGGAGCUGCAGAUGUCACAUUGGAACUUCCUUGGGUUGGCUCUUCAUUGAUGAGCUACAAUAGUUCUGUGGAUUUUUAUCAAUCAUGUUUGUCGUCACCAUCUUCUCAACACACAACACGAACAACACUCACUCAACAACCUCUCAUUGAAGCAAAACGUCAAAAAUUGUUACAUCCAUUACAAGAAUUAAGAACAAGUCCACUUCUCUCACAUACUGUUCAAACAGAACACAAAGUUGUGAAUCGUCUCACUGGAGAUCAAGUGAGUUAUUUUGAAAUUGAUGGACAAGUUGGUGUCAUUACCAUUGAUUCAUUUGUUCCACAAUCUGAAGUUGCUUUUGCUAAAGAUUUCCAAAUGAGCAUGUACAUGGCCAAGCUCAACAAAAUUCCAAAACUCAUCAUUGAUGUGACAAAUAAUGGAGGCGGUGAAGAAUGUUUGGGUUAUGCCUUAAUCAAGUAUUUGUAUUCAUCGACAUUUUCACAAAAUUUUGCAACUCUCUUUGCAAGAACGGACAUGAUUGCAACUGAAUUGGGACGAGCAUUGGCUCUCAAAGGAGCAAGUCAAUUGGGACCUAAUGAUGACUCGAUUUGGAAUCCAACCACAUGGCGAGACAUGAAUGGUGUCACUUAUUCUGAUGCUUCAUGGUACACGGUGCAACAUAAUUACACACGUGGUGGAAACAAUGCUCCAUCGCAUGCCUACACCUCCAUUUUGAAAGAAAAUUAUUGUCAAUCCUCAUUUGAUAAUUAUUAUUUCACUGGAGAGGAUUUAUUGAACUAUUCACCUGAUAAUAUCAUCUUGUUGUCGAAUGGUAGAUGUGCAAGUACAUGCGCCUUAUUCACACGACAUUUGCAAGAAUCAAAGAAAGCAAAAACUGUGGUGGUUGGUGGUGUGCAUAGACAAUCUCAACAAAUUGCUCAAGUACCUGGAGGACAAGUUUAUGAAUUUGAAGAUUUAUUGGCCGAUAUUCAAACUCUUAAAAUUAAUAGUGACCUUGCUCCAAGUCCACUUCCUGUGAAAUCUCGAUUGAGAUUUGCCAUUCGUGAAGCGUAUGCUUGGUCUGAACCAGAUUUGAAACCACUCGAAUUCUUUUUCGAAGGUUCUGAUUUCCGAUUGGAUUACUCCAAGGAGAGUGCUGUCGAUCGAUCCAAAGUUUGGAUUGACACUUUACAAUUUUUCGAUAUUUGUGCUACAUGGCAAACCAAAUCAUGUGAAAUUCCAAAUGGAAGUGGACAACAAUCUUGUGUUGGAGGAAAAUAUGCGACACAAUGUCAACUCGUUGCAUGUGCUCCAGGAUUUGGUGUGGCCACCACCGAUUCUUCAUGUCAACCAUGUCCAAUUGGACACUAUAAGGGCACAGAUGGAACAACAUGUCUCGCCUGUACCAACAAACCAUCUUCCGACAAUUCUCGAUACACCAAUUCAUCCACUAGUAAUAACUGUCCAUUCGAAUGUGUGGAAGGAUUUGUUUUGGAUUCUGUGAACAAUGUUUGUGUGGAAUCUCAAAAUUUGACCAUUGGAAAGGUUUUAUUUGGAUUUAUUGUAACUUUGUGUAUUUUGUUCCUUCUCUUUGCAUGUCUAUUGUUGGGUUCUACUAUUUUCUUAUUUGUGAAAAAUUAUCGAAAUCGAAUGGCCAACAAUGAGGCAUUAAGGUUAAUUUAA